GGUUGUCUACCUUUGCAUAUGACGUCAUCGUAACCAGGAUUGUUUACAAAUGGCUGACAAUUAACAGUGCCUUUAUUCAAACAACUGGCGUAACAAGUUGAUAAAAACAAAUUAGACAAUGGCGUCAGGAGGACCUGAGGACUUACCGCACAAGCGGCCAGCUCCUGAUGGAGAUUCUGGGGAGGACAGCGAUAACAACAAGCCUACAAUUGUCAAGGUGACCAAGACUGAGACAAGAACUGAAGAGACUGUCAUUGAACAGCACAAAGAGGAAGAAGAAUUCAAAUAUGUGCCUCCCAAGUUUGACAGCACAUUGCCAGACCUGUAUCGCCUGCUGGACACUCUGGAGAAGGAUGAAGGAGACCUCAGUGAUCUGAGACAGCCACCGUCUCUCUUCUCAAGACCUGAACAUGUGGACAAGUACCAGAAAAUCACAAAGCUGCGUCUGGAGAUGGAGGAACAAGAGAUGGCGCCGUACCUGCACCAGUUCGAGGAGGGCGUGCGUGAUGACCUACUUAUGGUGGGCAACGUGUCCCUGGAGGAUGUUCAGGCAGAAGAGAGACAACUCCGCGAUGAGCACAUCCAGUACCUUGAGCAGGAGGCGGCGAAUGAGCGAGAGCGCCAGCAGGAACUGCUGCGUCGUGAGGAAGAUGCCAAGAAGAGAGUGGCGAUGUUCACAAAGUACCAGCGAGAGGAGCUCCAGAGGAGAGAGGAAAUGCUCCGACAGAAGGAGAAACUGCUGAUGGAAAGACUUCAUCAGGCAUUCAGGCGAGCAGAGAGUCAGCUGAUCAGUGUGUUGGAGCGCAGGAAGGGGGAGGUGAAGACUUUCUACGGUGACCUGAUGAUGACUGAGACUCAGUAUGGGGGCAGUAGAGGGCGUCGUUGGAAGGUCGACUGGAAUCUGACCCCACAGCCGGUCCAGGUCAAACUGAAGUGCCUCCGAGGGGUAAAGGACAAACUUCCGCGUGGCCGUUAUGUGAUGAUGGUGUCCCUGUACGACCGUCUGGGAGGUAACAUUCUGCGCUGGUCAAAGAUGAAGGGCCAACACUGGGGAGGGGCCACGCUUCCUGUUCACCAUGAGGGCUCAUUCUACAACGUGGAAAUGAAGCUGGACCAGUCGAUGUUCACUGUGCUGCCCCCUAAGCAGUCUCUGAAGCCUGGAAUGGUGGUCGUGUUUGAAUUGUUCCUGUUACGAGGCUCCGUAGUGACCACCGAUCGGGUCGUAGGGUGGGGCUGUUUCCCUAUAUGCGAUGCACAGUUUGACGUGAUCGAAGGAAAGUACAAGGUUCCGUUUCUGCGUGGAGAGAUGGAUCCCCACAUCGAGAUGCAUGAGACGAUCGAGAAACUGAUUUCUGACGACCUUGAUCACUGGAUGUGUAACCUGUACAUGGAGAUCGUGAAACUACCACGCUACCUGGGAGGCAUGAAGGAGUAUGAGGUUGAGCUGGAGUUCUCCUCCGCUAUGACUGCAUACCCUGACAGACGUAGGACUGGUGGGGAGGAGUAUCGGGACGGGGAGGCCCCACAGCUUGGGUCACAGAGCGACCUCAGCAGUGACAUGGGAUCUAACACAAGCCUCAACACGUCGGACAUUCCACCGGAAUAUGCCAUGCAGACCAAUCGCACAACUGCAACCACAUCCAAGGUGGACCUGGAGGAGAUCAAGAAUCCGACCAUGUUCGGGUCGCGCCGGGUUCACAAGGACAAGAAGAUGGACCUCCUACUGAUCGAGGACAGCGACCCGGAAGACAGCGACCCCGAGGACGUGAAGGCCAUGAAGAGUGAGAACGAGUUUAAAAAGGUCAAGAGGAUGCCAGGCAUGUACUACAAGAAAUAUGAGAAGAAUCCUGUGGACGCUUACCAUGACAAGCUGUUCUCCAUCCUUCCAAAGACGGCCAUCACAGAGCCCACUUACUCCCCCCGCAAACGCACGCAUCUUGAAGAGCUCGAGCAACACACUUUCUCUGUCCAACCGGCGCUGUCUGGUCUGGGUCAGCUGGCGAAGAAUGGCCAUGAAAAGAUGGAGUACAUCGGGCGCCAGUUCCUGUCCGAGCUCGGGGUCUCCCAGUGGCGUGGCAGGGAGUUCUGGGGCAUGCUCUUCAUGCUGAUCGUCGUCUUCUUCAUACGCAUCUACGUCCACUACAUCGGCCAGUGGUUCUACCUGGGCCUUAUUGGCAUACCCAUCAACAUGUUCAACUUCCUGCCGUACACUGUGGAGCUGAACUACCAGUACACGCUGCUGUCAUCGCAAGAAGAGAUCGCGGUCGUUGUUCUCGGUCCCCUCCUCAACCUCCUUGUGUUUCUACUGCUGCUGGGGCUAUGUCUGCUUGUGCGCAAAGUCGUGGGAAACUUCCCGGAUUUCGGCUGCAAGUUCAUCAUGGCGUAUGGAAUCAUGACCUUCCUUGAUCCCUAUCUGAUACUGAUUGUUGACUGUAUAUUGCUGCGCUACAAGGAUGACAGUAUCGUUCCAACAGCUGACUUCGCCAAGCUCUGGUAUCACUUCCUGCGUGUUGAAGGCUCUGGUCUUGCUGGCGUCUUUAUCACAUGUUUCCUCUACCUGGGAUUCAACUUCAUCGUUGGAGCGUUCCUUUACAUGUACUUCCUGAGAAUGCACAACAAUGGCCGCCUGCUGGACGUGUACUGGCGUCUGCGUGACAAGGAGGAGAAUUUCUUCGUCCCGUACGAUCUUGAGCUCUCCAACGAGGAGCUUCACUACAUCGUGACGAAGGCGGAGGCGUGGCGUGGGGAGGAGGGUGAGCGCAGAAAAGUCGCGGUGUUUGACUACAUCUGGCAGGAGGAGGACAUGGAGGACAGCGUGUGGAACGAGUGCACGCUGGAUGAGGACGAACACCGACGUCAGACGACCACAAGGGAGAUCACUACGCACGUCUCGAUCCACACGAUUCACCUUGACGGGCUGAGGGAACUCUACAGACAGUUCCUGCGACUCCCAGACGGGGCAGUCGUAGAGGUGUUUGGUGACAUGGCGAUCCCAGGCAUGGACAAAGACGUGAAAGACGCAAUGAAGAAGGGAACACAGGGCAUAGAGAAGCUGUUCGGCUCCCAGACCAGCCUCAGGGGCAGAAAUGUUCCUGGACGUCAGACGGUGCACACUGCAAGCGGUUUCCGUGGCGAUGUAAGACUGAAUUCCUCCGCCUCCAGCAGCGCGUCCUCGUCGCUUCCAAAAAAGAAGAUGUGGUAACAUGGUAGUCAUUUCCAUGGUGA